CUGUUCCUAUGACGUUAAAUGAUGGGCCAAUCCCAGAUGAGCCCUGCACACAGGUGAAAGGCCUUCAGACUCCUGCAGCAGCAGUUGAGAAUGAGACCAGCCCUGUUCCUAUGACGUUAAAUGAUGGACCAAUCCCAGAUGAGCCCUGCACACAGGUGAAAGGCCUUCAGACUCCUGCAGCAGCAGUUGAGAAUGAGACCAGCCCUGUUCCUAUGACGUUAAAUGAUGGGCCAAUCCCAGAUGAUCCCAGGACACAGGUGAAAGGCCUUCAGACUCCUGCAGCAGCAGUUGAGAAUGAGACCAGCCCUGUUCCUAUGACUUAUCAGGUGAAGCUAUUGAGUGGUAAAGACCAGGUGAAAGGCCUUCAGACUCCUGCAGCAGCAGUUGAGAAUGAGACCAGCCCUGUUCCUAUGACGUUAAAUGAUGGACCAAUCCCAGAUGAGCCCUGCACACAGGUGAAAGGCCUUCAGACUCCUGCAGCAGCAGUUGAGAAUGAGACCAGCCCUGUUCCUAUGACGUUAAAUGAUGGACCAAUCCCAGGAAAGCAAACUGCUGUGAGGAGAAGCUGGACCCCAGACGAGUGUGCUGCAGUGAACACACAUUUGAAGAGAUUUAUCAGAAGAGGUCAAGUUCCUGGUAAAGAAGAGUGUCAGCGCUGUAUUGAUGCAGAACCUCAAGCUCUCAGAAACAGGGACUGGAAAGCAGUUAAAUACUACAUUAAAAAUCACAUUACAGCCCUGAGAAGAAAGGUGUAGUGUGACAGCACCUAAUGGAACUGAGGUAAAACCGAAGCAUUUGAGGUAGGAUCUUAAAAUGUUUAAUCCUUUAUGUGUUCUGUUGUAGAGGUUUGCUCAGGAUUUGUUACUGUCCCGUGGCCUACAAAUAUACACAUUUCACAAUUCUUAUUUUAUCUUAUUUUUAAUUUAUUUUUAUUACGGGCGCAGGAAAUGUUAUUUCAAAGGAUUUUUUUAUUUGUUUAAAUAUCUCUGUAUGAUGCCUUUUAAAUUUGAGUUUUCACUGGAAAAAAAAAAAAAAAACUUAACAUGACACUAAGGAUGCAGUCCUAAAAAGCAUGUAAUUUCAGUGUUUGUACAACAAAAACUGUUUGGUUUAGAUAUAAGUUCAGGCUGAGGCUGUUGUUGCCGCAUAGCGGCACCGAAAACCCUACUGCAUAUUUUUGGAUUAAUCUGUUUGGAAAGGGACUCAGUUUGACAACUGUGGCAUAAACUGUUAAUGCCAACAAUAAAAGUGGUCUUUUCAUUUUUGUCAGAAAA